GGGGAACAGUAGAUAUAAUGGCUAGCAGAUGUAAAUUUUAGUACAGCGUGGGGAUCAGAGCGAAAACGAAGGACCAAUAAGAUUCAUGGUAAAUGUUAAAUGCUGUCUAUCAGCCAAUAGCUAUUCGUAGAAGAUCCGGCUCCAUUUUUGAUUCAGCAUUCUCAUUAUUGGAUGAGUCAACAGACGCUAGUAGGUGGCACCACUGUUGAUAAAGAUGGCGCUGCAACACCUAACAAUGUAUCAGGGAAAAGUUGUUAAAAACACAUGUUCAUCACUAUGUUUAUAUUUAGAAUUCUUUGUUGAAUAAAAUUAUGAUAUUGUUAUAAUUAAAGUAAAAUUUUCGUAAUCCCUAAAGUUGGUAUUUAAUUCGUCCAAAUGCCCGAGCAAAAGGUUUUGAGGUUGCAAGAUGUUUGGCGUACUUGUAAUAAAAUAAGGGCGGCAAUAUUUCGUAUUGGUUUUAAUUUAUGGGAUUACUAUAAACCUCUAGAUCCAGAGAAAAAUUGUUUAAUUUCAGAGUCAAAGUUUAUUUCGGUUUUGGCUGGUCCCCUGAAGGAUGUAGUUGGCCUGUCCGAUAGAGAAAUUUGCGAUUUGGCUGAUUAUUUUCGCGUACAGGAUGGCCGAAUAUUAUAUACACAGUUUUGCACAAUUAUCCACGAUAGCGUUCCUGAGUUCGAUAAGAACAAACCUCUUGUAACUGGCUUGGAAUGGGAGGAUCCAGAACACGUGAAUCGAUUAAGUCCAGCAGAAUACCGAAAAUUAUGUCUUAUCCUCUCCCAAAUUGCUGUUAUUGUUAAUAAAAGGAGGCUGAUCCUCAGGCCUUACUUUCAAGAUUAUGAGUUAAUCGCAAAGAAUGCCGGGACAGUGACGUUUACUCAUUUCGGACGGAUCUUGAAGUUCCUCAACAUCGUUCUGGCCUCCGAGGAAUUCUCUCUGCUUAUAAAAAGAUUCGCGAAGGAUGCGUACACGGUCAAUUACGUGGCAUUCCUGCAGGCUGUGGAUGAAGUUCAAUCGUAUUUCGAUAAACAUGGAAUGCUUUCUCUCAGUGGAGAGUUACUCGAUCAAUUUCCCGGCCGAGUUAUCACAGCUGAACUACCGAAACUUCCGAGGCCAGAAAUUGGGAAACUUCUGCCCAGCAAGGUGUUUGGGAAACAAACGGUGUUUCAUCCGGUGAUGGAAGAGCCGAGGGCUGACAUGCCAUUAAUGAAGAUCAUCCAGCAGAUUCAGAGGCAUAUUCUUGAAAAUCGGAUAAGAAUUUCGGAAUUCUUCAAGAGGUUUGAUCAUUUGAACGUUGGAAGAGUAACCGUUUCUCAAUUCAAAAGAGGAUUAGACGGUCUUCAAGUAUCGAGCUUGGGACGUCUUUACCUAGCGGAAACGGAAAUCGAUGCACUCGUCGAGAUUUACAAAGACCCGAACGACCCGGAUCGCGUGUGUUGGCGCACGUUCCAAGACGACAUCGAUCAAGUAUUCACCGUCAAGGAGUUGGAGAAAUUGCCGAAUUUGAGAAUUGAAUCACCGCCAAAAGAAAUAGCCGACCUGAAACGGCGAGGGACAGCCGAUUGGCAAUGCGUGCCGGGUAGCAUCAGAGACCUGUGCGAGGAAACCCUCCAGAAAGUCCGACACCGAAUCAACGAAAGAAGGAUUCUGAUCAAGCAAUUCUUCAAGGACUAUGAUCGGAACAACAAAGGACACGUGUCCCGUGCACAAUUUCGCCAGGUCCUAGCGACUGCGGUGGUGUUACUUUCGGAGGAGGAGGAGUAUGCUUUAGAGCAGAGGUACAACGACGAAUUAGGGUUCAAUUAUGUAUUGUUCUUGAAAGAAUUAGAGGCGAUAAAAAUUGAAGAGCCUCUGUACAAGUCUAUGCUGGAAGAGAAGAUGAAAAUCAAUGCCGAGAAACCGCCGCCUGAAGGCAGCGUCGACGAGAAAAACAUUGUCCUAAUUUUAGCCAAAAUCAAAGCGAAAAUCGUACGCGAACGAGUGAAGGUAGAUUGUAGAGCCCGAUCGUUUUUCUUCAAACGUUUCAACCUGAUUUUGUUAUUUUAUGCGAAGGCGAUCGAGUUCAUGCGUCCAUACGAUCCCCGCAAUGAACAGGUUAUUAAAAAAGUGGAUUUUAUGAGAGGAUUGGAUCAACUUCGUUGUAAUUUGAGUUGUACGGAAAUAGGAACCAUUAUGAAGGUUUUCCAAUCGCCUUUUAGAGAGAAUUACGUGGAUUAUGUGAGAUUCGGUGAAGUGGUCGAAGAGGCUGUCACCGUUGGUAGUUUGGAGAGAGCACCACUUUUGGUGCCUGUGCAACACGUGCCCCCGGAAGCUUCUCCGAAAACAUUCUUGACUUUCGAUGAGAGACACAUGGCUACUGUAGCAAUGGAUAAACUGAGCAGAAUGCAGCGUCCAAAUCUUCUAGAACUGUUCAAGGAUUAUGAUAAAGAAAACAUUGGAACUGUUUCAAAGAAUUGUUUGAUCAAGGCCCUUUCCGUCAGACACAUGUUUCAAUUAAUUAGUAACAGAGAAUUGGAUGCUGUGUAUAAAUGUUUCUCUGUAGAGAAAGGUGGCCAGUUGGAAAUCAAUUAUCGUGCAUUUUUAGAAGCUCUGCAUUUAAUGAGAGAGAACAGAAAAUAUUUGCCCUUUUAAAAAUAAAGCAGGUCACAAAGAAUAUAUUGUAAUAAUAACAGUAUUAUAAAUAAAAGAACUUGUUAUAUUUU